CUCCAUUGGACACGUGUGCCAACUCUCUCUCUCUCUCUCUCUCUCUCAUACAUUCCCAUUGAGGAGAGGUUGGGGUGCGCAACACAACACCGCACCAAAACUCUCGUUCCCUGCCACAACCGGAAACAGAAGCCACGACACACAACACAAAACACAAAGCAUUGGUAUUCGGUACGUAACAUACUCUGUUUCCUCUGACUUCGAGGUUUUCCUUCGCUUUGGUUCAGACCAAGCGAUCUCUGUGGCUACAAACUUGGAACCAUUUUUAUGUUUUUUUUCCCCUGAGCCUUCGGUUCCCAUGUUCUUCGCUCCACCGCAUGUUGUAACUUGUAACCGCAAUUCCAUUCCUCUAUUCUUUCUCUUACCCUUGAGUCACGCACCCACCCUUUUUGCCUCUCACGUAGUUAUUGUUGUGUGCAUGCUGGUCCUACUUGAUUGGUGAUUUUUGUAGAAACUUUGAUCGAUCGAUCUCUUCAUCGUCAUGACAGCUUCUGCUUCAAAUUCGUUGAUAACCGUUAACCCUGAUGAACUUCGCUUCCAAUUUGAGUUGGAGAAGCAAACAUAUUGCGAUCUUAAAGUUCUGAAUAACACAGAGAACUACGUUGCCUUUAAGGUCAAAACCACUUCACCAAAGAAGUACUUUGUACGACCUAAUACCGGUGUUGUACAUCCAUGGGACCUAUGUAUCAUCAGAGUCACCCUCCAGGCUCAACAAGAAUACCCUCCAGACAUGCAAUGCAAAGACAAGUUUCUCUUGCAGAGUACAAUAGUGAAUCCAAACACUGAUGUUGACGAUCUUCCGCCAGAUACUUUUAAUAAGGAUGGCGAAAAGUCGAUAGAGGAUAUGAAACUAAGAGUGGUAUAUAUCUCUCCUAUGUCACCCCAAGGAAGCACAGAAGAUGACACAGUGAAGAAUUCAACUCAAAAACUUGAUGCUAAUUCUAGUGAAACCGUGCAGCGCCUGAAGGAGGAAAGAGAUGCCUACGUCUUACAAUCACGGCAACUGCAGCAGGAACUGGACAUUCUGAAAAGAAGAAAUCGUAGAGGCGAUUCAGGCUUUUCCUUCACUUUUGCCGUGUUUGUGGGUCUCAUUGGAUUAUUGUGUGGUUUGCUUUUAAAACUUUCAUUGUCUUCACCACCUACAGAAUGAUUUCACACUGAUCAAAACCUUUGCAUGCAGACCCUUCCGUGCUAUUAAGUGUAAAGAAUUAUUUUUUCUAUUGAAUGGGAUUUUUAUUCAUUUUGCACAUUUUCAUGGUUAUUACAAAGAACCAUCAAGGCAAUCAUACCUAGUUACUAUACUAUAAAACUACCUAGUUAUUG